AUGAGUGGCGUCACGGACGAGGAUCACCCACGCGAACACGCAUCGGUCAUCGCCACGCCGGAAAUAGCAGCAGCAGUUCCGUCGGUGUCGGUAAACGACCUCAGUCCGGCUGAAGUGUUUCCGGGACAUGAACCGGCGACCGUGCCGCUGCCCUUCUACAAUCGUUACGGCCACCCAGACACGUUCGACGUAUUUCACAUGACCAUGGUGGCCAGCAAUGACUCUGAUGAUCGACUACGGUUCGGCUGCCUGUCGUGUAAACACAUCGACUGGGAAAAAUGCGAGGUCAAACGACUUCGCGAACUGGAGGAGGUAUGUUUGUCUCACUGUAAUAAAACGACCUUGUUGUUUCCGUUAUCUGAAAGGGUCUGAAA